UUUUAUUGUUUACCGAAACAUGGCCGCCUCCACAAGCGAUGGAGGCCAAUCUCACAUCAUUGAUGAUUUGGAGACAGCGUUUCAGAAUUGCCUUGCCUUGGUGACAACCCAGGAGCAUUUCAAUGUUGUUGAUUCAGAAGAGACGAAGACAGGGGUGGAUCACACAAUAUCCAAGUUCCUGGAUUUAGCUCGUCAGACAGAAGCAUAUUUCCUGAGCCAGAGACUGAUCAUGUCUACAGAGAAACCGGAGCAGGUGCUGAAGGAGGACAUUGCAGACUUGAAGAGUGAGAUUGAGAGAAAAGAGAAGCUGAUUGAGAAACACCAUGAACGUCUUCAGCACUGGCAGAACCUCCUCCGUAACAUGCCUGGCACCGGGACACCCCAGCAACCCUCCCUUCACCAGCAACAGCCCCCACAGAUGCAACAACCACCACCUCCCCAGCCCAUGCACCCACAACAGCACCCAGGCAUGGCCCCGUACCCAGGCCCCCCCAUGCCAGGCACUGUCCCCCAGCCCUUCGUCAUGCCUCCCCCUCAACCUCCACCAGCAUACCAACCAGGGCCCCUAGCUUACCUUGAACAAACCAUGUCAAACAUAGGUAUGCCUGAUCGAAGAUAACAUGUAUUAAGUGCUGGCCAGCAUUGGUUUGUCUGAUCAAAAAUAGCAUUGUGUCACGCACAAUAUUGGUAUGGCUGGUUUAAGAUGGCAUGCAUGAAGUCUUGUCCAGCAUCAGUAUGUCUGAUCGCACAUAUCAUGCACUGACUGAUGACAAAUAUUGGUAUGGCCAAUUUAAGAUGUCGUGCAUUGUGUCAUGUCCAAUAUAGGUAUGGCUUGUUUAAGACAGCCCUUGUUAAACCAUGUCCAACAUUGGUCAUGUAGAAGAUGGCAUGUGUUAAAUCAUGUCCCAACAUUGGUCAGACUGAAGGCAUGUGUUAAAUCAUGUCCAACAUUGAACAUUGGUCA